ACAUUCAGUCUUUGUUCGAAGUCCGAAGAACAGAUAUCACAAUGUCCGACUCCCCGAAAAAGGAAAAGAAGGAAAAAGCCUCCAAGGCUGCCAAACCCCGAACUACACCAACCCAUCCCCCGGUUGCGUCUAUGGUCAACAAUGCCAUCAAGAGUAUGAAAGAUAGAAAAGGAACAUCUCUUCCAGCUAUCAAGAAAUACAUCGAAACAACAUAUAAAGUUGACAUGAAGAAAUUGGGUCCUUUCGUCAAGAGAUACCUGAAGAAAGCUGUUGCCGAUGGUAAGCUGAAGCAAACAAAAGGCAAGGGUGCUUCUGGUUCUUUCCGUCUACCUGGCAAAGAUGACGAAAAGAAAACAACAACCAAAAAAGCUGUUGUAAAGAAGCCCAAAGCCGAGAAGAAGGCCGAUAAACCGAAAGCCGACAAACCGAAAAAGAAGGCCACACCGAAAAAGGACGCUAAACCGAAAACCGUCAAGAAAGCAGCCCCCAAAAAGACCGCGGAAAAGAAAAAGCCUGCCGCCAAGCCUAAAAAGUCUCCUAAGAAGCCAGCAGCCAAGAAACCUGCAGCAAAGAAGCCCGCUGCCAAAAAAACCAAGAAGGCUGCUGCGAAAUAG